GUUUCUAUACAUUAUUUAUUUUAGACUCUGGUAAUUGUGUCACACUAAAAAAAAACAAAAAAAUUAUAAGCCAAGGUGUUUUAAUUUUUCGUAUUGGACGUCAUGGAGGAAGUUUCUACACGAAAUAACUUCUGUGAAUGCGCAGAAUUCGAGGAGACACGUGUGCGUCGAAGCGAGUGUUUGAACCCUAAUGUCAUUGAUCUCCAACAGAGGCUAGACGUACUGAAUCCGGAUCCUUUGAAUGAUAUAACGUCUGCCAUCUCAAACCUACCUCCUGAGCUAGUCGUUGCAAUUCAGAAGUAUGUUGAUGACUUUGAAUGCGAAACUGCAGAAAUGAAGGGACAAAUUGAAAAAUUGAAGUCCAAACGCACGCAGGAUGAGGCACGAACAUGCACCAUAACAGUUAAGAUAGAUCGAUUAAAAGGCGAUAUCGCUUUUCUUUCCGAGAAAUCUUCGGCAGAUGCGCUGGCGUUUCAGAAUAAAAUGAAGCUCAGCUGUGAGUCUGUAAAGGAGCGGAACCGAGAGCUUGCAGAGAUUCGACGAAAGCGAGAGAAGGCCGAGAUGGAGAUUCGCCGCACUGAAAUGGAGAUCGAGCGGCUCCGAAAGAUCUCAAAGCGAGUACGUUGCUAAGGGAGUGGGUUGAGCAAAAAAUAGAACCCCCUCCUUCCCCCCUCCCCUACAAAAGACCGAGCCUAUAGGGCACUCAUGUGCAUAGAGAUGGUGAAUAGGAUGACUGAGUUUUACUUGUCUCCUGUUUAAGAUUAAAUUUAUAUCGGUAAUUUGCUUUAAAUAGAUUGGAUUGUCUAGAUCUUCUUUGCGUCAGAAUCAUUUAAA